AAAAAAAAACAUUCGAUGCCUACUUCCACAAAUAGAAUUUAAACGCCGUUCUGUCUCUUGGCUUUCGCUGUUCCUGUGCCUGUUGCCGACGUGUUGCUCAGGAAAACAUUGUUGUAAAAAUUUUGUGAAAUUUUUAAAUCUGUCGUCUGUGGGAUACUUUUGACAUUCUCAUUCGUAACUACAAACAUGAAACUAUUACUGCUUCGCACAUGAAAAAUUCCAAAUAAAAAUCAAAUAAAAACAAUUAAAUUAACCAGUAAGAUCGUGUUGAGAACAACGUACGAUACCGUUGCGAACAUGACGUCAGAAAACGACAAACAGAGAUUGUACACGUUGGACGAUUCGGUCCAAUUCAGUAAUGCACUGAGAGCACUGGAGGUGAGCAUCAAGAAACACCUGACGAAGGAUCUGUCCCUAGAAGAAGAUGAGAAGGGGAAGAAGGUUCCCAGGACGUUAAGCAGUCUCCGUAGGGAACACUCGCUCGCAUCCUCUGCCAAAAUGCCCAACCGAAUUGACAAGGUGAUCGUAUUCACGAAGAUAGUGAUCUUGAAGUUAGGUGACAUCGACACAAUGCGUGACAAGUUCUCGGCUGACGUCUUCAUUCAGUGCAAGUGGAGGGAACCUGCCCUCGAUGGCAAGUUUAAAUCGCAAAAGGACCCGAUUAAUUGGGAGUUGUAUUGGAAUCCUCGCCUCUCCCUUGAAAACGUCAUUGGAGAGCCAAAAGAGCAAAUCUGGCACACGUUAACGUUUGAUAAUUUCGGCCAGGCCAUCAUCUGCGAGAAAAGAAGGGUCACCGGUGCCUUCUUAGAAUUCAUGGAACUUUACCAGUUCCCUUUUGAUACACAGGAUUUGUCGGUCUCAGUGAUCUCAGAUCGUGACCAAUCAGAGUUGGAGUUGAUAGAGGAUCCAAAGGAGAAAUGCCUGUUGAACGUCAUGUCGUUUGCUGACGUGCAGGAGUGGAAACUGCACGAUGGCUGCACGACGUGGAAGGAGGUGAAGGAGGAAUCAUUCAACACAACCAAGAAACAUCCUGCAUUCGGUGCUUCCUGUAAAGUCUCCAGGAGGCCACAAUUCUUUUUCUGGAAUAUUUUUGUUAUUAUGACGUUGAUAUGCAGCUUGUCGUUCGCUACCUUCUCCGUCUCCUUCACCUUACCACAAAAUCGCCUUCAGUUGACCUUCAUCUUGUUGUUGACGACAGUUUCAUUCAAAUUUGUGGCCAACCAGAAUCUGCCCAGCAUCUCUUACCUCACCUAUCUCGAUCGAUAUAUAUUAGGACUGAUGGGAAUCCUGACAGUCAUCUGCGUUUGGCACGCUAUCGUUUUCUUCAUUUACACAUCCACAAAGUGCAAUCAAUCUCUCGUCGGCAACCUGGACAACAUCGCUGCUGGCAUUUUCGGAAGCAUCUACAUCCUUUUCCAUCUCGCUUUUAUUUUUACGGUGGCCUGUGUGAAAAAGGACAGUGCUGGUCAUGGAAACGAACCAGUUUGUAGCGACGACAUGACGUUCGAUGAGGAUUGCACGGACGACUACAGCCUUCCUAAUCAAGAUCUGGGAGACAGUGGACCAGGAUUAGCAGCAGCAACGCACGCAGACAACAGCGACAACAACCAAGCCGUCAUCGCCGCGUGUGGUUUUGAAUAAAGUUAAUGCGUGAAUGCCGACCACGCGCGCGUAUUCACCCUACGUACAUACAAGUACAUAACUGUUCACACGUUCUAUCAGUCAUCGGCUUCUUGAAUGUUUAAUGUUCAAUGUUUAAUAACAUUCUACCAAUGUUUUCAAUCAUGGUUUAGAUAUUUUCGUUCGUCAAUUUGUGACAUUUGAUCUAUUUCUACAUUUAAAUAUAACUUGUCGUACGUGUACAGACGGCAAUUAUUUAAAGACAAGCAUUUGUAACUAUAUUUUAUAAUUUAUUGUAAAACAUUUCAUCUCACAUAAGUUCGUAAAUAAACAUGCUAUUUUAUUGCUCAUCAUUUAUAACAAACCAUUGUAAAAAAAAUUAUUAUUC